CGCUCCGGCUGGGCAAUGGGGAGGAGGGCGGUGGCGGCGGGUCGCACGCGGGCAGCAGCUUUGGCCCAGCAGGCAGCAGCGACGACGACGCGAGCCGCGGCGAGGGCAGCGAGGACGGCGCCCGCGACGGCGGCGCCGUGCGGGCGGCAUCUUCUGGCCCCAGCGGACGCGGCACGCGCGGCGGCUCGUCGGCGCGGCGGCGGGACGCCGGCGACGCCGGCGCGGGCGGCGGCGAGGGCGCCGCACGUGCGGUGCAGCAGCGGCUGGUGCAGCAGCGGCGCAAGGCCGAGCGUCUCGUGGGCAUGGCCAAGGCGAGCCGCAACAGCAGCAAGGCCAAGGAUAAGAAGGCUCGGAAAGCAAAGGAGGCGGUGGCCGAGUGGUAGGGGCCG